AUGGCGGUUCUCAGAAUGCUAUACCGCAGGCGGCGUGUAUUGCUCAUGUUGGUCUUCAUGAGUUUGUUUUGGGUUGUGUUUUUAUACCUGUCCAUGCCGGCAUCGUCAGGUUAUGAAAAGAAGAAAGGUGAAAGAGACAAGGUUUUACAGUCAAAGAAAUCACCCCUCAAAGAGGCCACUCAAUUUCAACAAGAACAUAUACAUGAAUCAGAAAACAGAAAUCAAAUUGAAAAAGUGAUUCGGGCAACUCAGAAAAUUCACCAACCGGCAGCACCACUACAAGCCCCAAAUAUGCACAUAGACUCUCCCAUACAUCACGAUGUACAUGUAAAUAUCAGCUCAAGGACUAGCUCAAACCAUUCCAGUGGGGUCACCACUAAGUCCACAAAAAAUGUUGGACAAGUUGACAAAAUGAUUGAGUUUGGUGCACAGAUAAAAAACAAGACUUUUGAAGUUGGGGCUCAAGUGAAAAACAAAACACUUCAAAAACUGUCUGAUUUGGGACUUAUCGCCAAACCUAAGCCAGUCAUAAAACAAAUCGGCAAAACCUCGAUAUUAAAUAUAACAAUGUCCAAGGAGGAGAUCAUGUUCGUCAUAAAGACUCUGAUCAUGGAAGCGGAGAAGAAAUCCUCGGACAAAAUAACGCACGCCAAAGUCUCCCCAGGGGGACACAACCACACAAACUCUUCUGCUGGAGCGUCCGGGAACCUCUGUCAUUGCAUGAAUGCUGACUGCACGUGCUGUGCUCAGCUACAGUUUAUCAAGCUUCAUGUUGUCAGGAAGGCCUGCGCUAAUUUUAGCUUUAUGCCAAAAUCUCAGGAGAUGUCAUUUAUGUUCCUGCUGGAUGGGAAGACUCAGUUUACAGAGGUCAUAUCAGCUGAACACCCUCCAAAAAUCUGCCUGGGCUCAAUGUCAAAAGACGUGGAGAUAUGUGUGGACUUCUUCAAUAUGGCUUUCACUGUUAAUAUGCACGAGGAACACAAAACACAGUUGAGUGGCUGUCUUGACUUUUGCUUCAAUAUCUACAACAGAACAAUCAGUACUUUUCCACUGGGCUGUUUCCAGAUCCCCAGUGAUUCACACAAGGAAGACCAUCCACAGAUACCGUUACUAGGCAACUGGGUUCCUUGAGUGGCCGUUUGUGUGACUAGGAAUGAGUUUACAAAGUUGCCCAGCUAACAGUAUCCAGCUUUGAACAGGGAAUAAGUUGGAGAGUUUUGAACCAGAUCCAUUGCUGGGCAACUGCAUGUGAAUGUGCAUUUUCCUUGGCACUGCCUAUUCCACAUUGUGUCACAUGAAGACCCCCCAAACAUGUAAUUAUUGUAAAACAAUGGGGUUGCCUGAGUUUGUGUUUUGUACCAUCCAUCAUCACCAAACAAACAGAGGUUAAGACGCUACUCAUGACGCCAGUUCUGCAAUGAACAGCCAAAUCCUGUUCCUAGGCAGUGGCUUACUGUCAAACACUUUCAGUUUCCCUUAUUUUUAGCUGCAUCCACAUGUAGUUCACAGGGACAAGAGGUUUCCUUACUUUUGAGGAAUUCCUCCUUUUAUGGCUAUCUUUGUUACAUGUUGAUAAAAGUUGUAGAGUUAUGAUGUAUCUUCAACCUUUUCAAUCACUGCAACACUUGUUUAACUGGAAUUUAUGUGUACAAUUAUUGUGAAAAUGACACUGAAAAUGAUUUCUUUGUGUCAUUAAGGAUGCAAAUUUCAUAAAACUGUGCAAAUUAUUUCUCCACACCCUAUGGUUCGCUCAGAAUGUUUCAGAUACAGUGGUGGUUGAAAAGGUGGAAGAAUGAGGGUAACUUAAUAGAGGUGAAAAAUUAUAAGAUGUGUCAGACGUGUCCUCUUUUCGUUUUUUCCACUGUCUGUCUCAUCACCUAAUCUCCAUGUCCUCCUGUUUGACCAUUCAGUUUAACAUCAAAUUUUAUAUACAUUGUACAAUGUACAUAUAGUUGCUAGGCAACAAGUGUUUAAUGUGUAUAUAAACCAGAAUCAUUCUCAAUGCCAGUAUACAGUGGAUUGCAACAGUAUGAUGUAGUUUCCACCCAAACAUUUUUUUAUGGAAUGAUCUUUGUGAUCGUUCAGUACGACGUUGAUGCAUCUACAUGUACUGGAUUUUACACCUGCUGUGAGAAGUACACAGUGUAUAGCCGUUGUGUGUGACAUAAGUUCAUCCAAAACUGUAUGUGUACAAUUGUUUGUGUACAGCUGUUUGUGUACAAGUGUGUUUGUACAACCGUGUGUGUACAACUGUUUGUGUACAAUUGUUUGUGUACAGCUGUUUGUGUACAGCUGUGUGUGUACAACUGUGUUUGUACAACUGUUUGUGUACAACUGUUUGUAUACAGUUAAACAGACGUCAUUUUUAUGCAAAGCCGCAGUCUGGAUUUCCCGUUUAUUGUUUCUUCCAUGAAUCAUGACUGAUUUGGGAUCUUUUUGCCGUUUGUUCGUACUAAGAUUGGAAAUAUGUUUUCAUUAUCUGGAGGCUUGCCUGGAGACUUAGAACAAUGCACACAGUCAAGGUAUAAUAGUAGGCCAGUAAUCUUUACAUACACCGGAUUUUGUCAGAUUAAGGGAAAUAGAGGUGGACGAUAAGUACAUCACUGGUUAAAAUUCUGCUCUCCUUUGUGGGGGCAAAAGUGGGUAUGAUAGUUUUAAUCGUCCUAAGUAAGUGGACAUGAACGGGAGCUCUGAAUGGACGAAAAGCUGUACAGGGAUUUUGUUCUUGGACAUGAAAUUGCGUUGAGCAUUUACUCUUGUGAUAAACCCAAAGCUCAAUCCUCAGAAUGUUUGACCAGUAAUGUACAGCUUUGGAUACAUUUUGAAAAUGUAAUUCAUAUGAUUCCGAAGGCUAAAAUGAGUUGAUUACGAAGGCUCACGUAUAAACGUACUUCACAUAAAUUGUGAGUUUGUCCAGAUCUGAUCAAAUUUCGCUAACAUGCCAAAGCAUGCACUAUGUUUGUGAUGGACAGUUUACUGAGGAUCAGUGGUGUUCAACCUUUGUUGUAGAGUAUGUUAAAAUAGUAUGCUUUCCACGUAAGACACAAGUAGUGCAUCUCUGAAAAAGGAAUGCCUGAUUUUUGAUUCAGGGUUUGGGCGUUUUUAUUUUGUCAUCAUGACUUCUGAUAAAUCAACGAAAUAUCAUUAGUCCUGACAAAAUAAACUUAAGAAAUAUUGAAAACUUUCGUUUUUCCGGAGUUCCAUGACGUGCAUUUGGUAAAAUUUAUUAGUGGAUCAACUAGAUAAUUUUCAUAGCUGACUGUGAUGAAGAACAUGACCAGUGUUCAAAAUAAUAAGUAUUUUCCACCAUAGUUCAACGAUGUACAGUACUGUAACAGUCUUGACAAAACCUAAAAUUUCUUAUGUUUCCUGGUAGUUGCUCAAUGUUCCAUGAUCCCUUGUAAGGCUGUGCAGGGAUUAAUGCUGUGCAGGGAUUAAGGCUGUGCAGGAUUAAGGCUGUGUAAGGAUUAAAGCUGGGUCUUUUUUUGUAGGAAAUCAAAAUAUGAUACAAAAAGGAAUUAAAGGUCAGUCAAAGUCAAUCAGUAUUAUAUGCAUAUGUAUACAUUGUGCUAAUUUAUAAGACAAAAGUCCUGCAGGUUGUGUGGGAGAUUUGCUGCAGUUGUUUGUGUGAUAAAUAAUGUACAGAAAUAUUGUGGCAGAAAGCUUGAUCAUGUAAAUUUCGUUGGGCAUACCACACUUGGUAGACUGUUCUAAACUGUCUACUCUGUGUGACGCGUAAGAAAGGUUGUCACUAACUUGCCAAAAGUUCAUUUAGGUCUCUCCGCGGGCACUCCGGUUUCCACCAUGACAUUUCAACAAAUUGACAUUUAGUGUAAGGAAAGAGAAAACUUAGUUGUCGUUUCCGCGUAUUUAUAUAUACAUAUGUAUUGCAUGUACACUUGGGUUUUACGUUUACAUGCAUCGACACACAUUGGCUGACAGUGAAGACAAAAUUUCCUGGGUUAAAUCCUGCAGUCUGGGCUCCUCUUGAAUAUGUGGCAUUUCUAAAUUCAGCACGGCGUAAUCUGGAUUUUAUCAUCUCGAAAAUUCAAAUCAGUAACAAUUCGUUUAUAUCGUUUUUGAAAGGUGAUAUCGGUAGCAUCAUGCUCCUUACGGCGCAUGCGCGGCUCUCAGCGUUCCUGUUAUCGUCUUCAUAUGACAUAUGAAUUGUGAAGUACGAUGUAAAACUCAAAUUAUACAUACAUAUAUACAUUGGCUUGACAUCACUGUCACCAACAGCAAAUUUUACACGAAAAUUUUAAACCACGCCAAGGUAACUGAGGCAGAAAGCGAGAACUCUGAACAAGAACUCCGUCGAAACCUUUGUUUUUAAUAAUACUUUGUAUACAUGCAGUGUGUACAACAUGAUUUUAACCAGUUUUAUUUGUGAGUUGAUGAAAGUGCCGUGGAUGGAAACCAGUGAUGAAGCUAUGUCUGAACAAGCCUACGCGAUUCGCUCAGGCUCCAAAGAUCAAGCAUGUCUGAUAGUGGCAGGGAUGUAAGGCGAUAUGAGGAGUACGGGGUGGCCUGUGGGCCAAUAAAGGGAGAGGGAUUGGUGAGCCAUUAAAGUGUCACAUACACUUAUGAACCAAACAUCCAGCAAAUGUCACUUCACAAGAACAUGUAACUUCAUCUACCUACAGAUAUAGAUCAAUCAUGUAAACCAUACGCGUAUCUUGUCACCUUUGACGUCUCAUUAUAUACCCAUUUAUGUCAUUGGUAGCUUGAUUAGCCGUCGACCAUUGAAGUUGCAUGGCCGAAUCCAUCUCUCGCUAGUUCUAUAGUAGAGUACCUGAACCCUUUAUAACUCCCCUUUUGUAAGAGAUUUUCCAUGUACAUGUAUACCAGGCGAAGGGACAGUUGUUUUCGCCGGGCUCUUGUUGGUUUUGUUUUCAUUUCGUACUGGUAAACCUGCAUGGUUAUAACAGAAAUAUUUCAGAGUAAGACGUGAAACUCCAAUCAAACAAGUAAAUAAAUACACAUGUAUAACGUAUCUGAUACACGUAUUAAUUACACACGUGGCUAUAUACGUUGUAUUAUAUAACACUGCAUUAGUUAACUAUAAUUUAUGCGAUGUGCAUGACACAGUUAUGGGGUAUAGCCUACAUACAAAUUUAUGUACACGUAUUCUUGUGUAGGGAAAAUGUAAACGAUUAUAUAUUUUAUUACUUUGAUGAUGUGUUUGUGUAAAAAGUGUGCAAGUUAUUUAUCCGAAAGGAAUACGUUAUUGUGUCACAAUGAAGUUUUGAGGAUCUCGACACGAUCUGCCACAUGCCUUAUUGCAAAUCAUUGAAAUUACUGAUGAAACAACUUUUCAAUUCUCCCAGGUUGGCAUUUGUACACUUCUACCACGGCAGUGAGUGUUUUUUAGAGAAAUGUUUAAUACCUCAUUUUAAGAUUGUAGCGGAUGAAGAUCUCCAUCCAUGGUCUUCCCUUAUAUAUCUGCAUUUACUGAGAUUUCUUCGAUGAAGGGCACGUUCCUGACAACCUUGACGUAUAUGCAGAAACAAUGAUAACAUAAUGCAUAUACAUGUAGUAUCAGUGACUUUGUGUGAAACUGUCCCCAGAAGAAAAAGGCUUUGUUUGUUGGAGUUUAGAUGCUGACAUGUAGGUCUUCCAAGCACUGUAGAGACAUGUCAAGGUAACGUACAGGAUAUUUGACGAAAUGAAACUCCUAAUAUAGAAAUAAUGUUAGUAAUGCUUCCAUAUUUUGGCGUGUAGCCUUUAAUGACGUGUAAUGACGUAUAUGCAGUUGUCCGGUUAUAUAGAAACGAUUGUAAAUAAUAAACUACACCACUCCAAU